AUGACAUUAGUUUUGUUUUGGAUCAAGAAAUCAUGCAUUUCAUUAGGGUUUUCCGUUUUCUAGCGGGUUAUUUCUAAGGCUAGCUUCAUUUUUUAUUUAAUUGCUGAAGAAAUGUUCUAGCGUAGUUUUGAGAAUAGAUUCCUAAGUCGACACGAAGCGAUGAGAAUAUGUAUUGCUUCGGAUUUCUUCUAUCCCAACAUGGGCGGAGUAGAGGAACACAUUUUCAACCUGUCGCAAUGUUUACUGUCGCGAGGUCACAAGGUAGUAAUAGUGACUCAUUCGUAUAAUGAUCGAAAAGGGAUUCGUUAUAUGACCAACGGACUUAAGGUUUACUACAUUCCAAUCAAAGUGUUCUACAAUCAGGUGAUUUUGCCGACGAUGAUCUGUAAUAUUCCGUUACUGAGAUACAUUCUACUGCGAGAACGUAUAGAAAUUGUGCACGGACAUUCAGCGUUCAGUACGUUAGCACAUGAAGCAAUGAAUGUGGCUCAGCUAUUGGGAAUGAGGUCGGUUUUCACCGAUCAUAGUUUAUUCGGGUUCGCUGAUUUAUCAGCUGUCGUUACAAACAAGUUCCUCGAGAUUUCGCUAGCAAACUGCAAUCAUUGUAUUUGUGUGUCUCAUACUGGGAAAGAAAACACAGUUCUACGGGCAAAAGUUCAUCGUGAUAGGGUUUCAGUGAUACCGAACGCAGUAGAUACUGCACACUUCACGCCUAACCCAUGCAAUCGUCUUAUGGAUACGAAUCGUAUCAAUAUAGUAGUCGUAUCGAGAUUGGUCUACCGAAAAGGGGUUGAUCUACUAGCAGGAAUUUUACCAAAGUUCAAACACCUCUCCAAUGUGCAUUUUAUCAUUGGUGGAGACGGACCAAAACGUGCCCUGUUGGAGGAAAUACGAGAGCGAAACAACAUGCAAGAUCGAGUGACAAUGCUCGGUGGUUUGGAGCAUUCGCAGGUGCGAGACGUUCUUACUCAAGGGCACAUCUUUUUGAAUACGUCGCUGACGGAAGCGUAUUGUAUGGCAAUCGUUGAGGCAGCUUCCUGCGGACUGCAAGUUGUUUCGACACGAGUUGGCGGUAUUCCAGAGGUGCUACCGGAGAGUUUGAUUUUACUGACGGAUCCAACGGUGAAAUCGUUAUACCGUGGAUUGUUGGUUGCCAUCCAGAAAGAAGCAAACAAAAGGCAAUUAGUAUGUAUGGAUAUGAAUGGAGGCCUGGAUGGAUUGGGCGAGUGGAAGGAUUCCCGAACUGGCACCGUACUGUGCCCCUUCGAACGAAAUAACAUCGUGGCUAAUUUGUACAACUGGGACAAUGUGACAGUCAGAACGGAGAAGGUCUACCGGAAGGUACUGCUCGAGAAAGAAACAACACUCGAGCAAAUGAUGAGCAAUUGCCUUCGGAGUGGUGUCUGGCCGUUUCUUCUAGUCAUUUCGCUGUGCCAUUUAAUGAUGCGGUUUCUUGACUGGUUCGUUCCACGCAAGCACAUUGACCUGUGCCCGCUGGACAAUCCAUUUUGGGGAGGUGCCGCUGCUAGUCGAACCCGGCAAUCGUCGUUGAACGACGUCAAGGCCUAUGUACAUCCAAUUCCUGGCGGAUCCUUGAAAACAUCUUUUCGACGAAAACGUCAUAAACAGCAGUAUUCCUCCUGACGACCACUGACCACUUGCACACCGGAGGAAGUCCUUUGAAUUGGGAUCCGGCCCGGUUUUUAGCCAAAUAUAUUCAGGUAAUGGAGCUCAAACCAAGGAGUGAAACAACCAGUUUUGCUAGUAAUACAUUUUUAUAUUUUUUGUGUAUAGA